UUCCAGUUUUAUUUAUGUACCUGGAUUGGAAGCUGCUGCUGUUGUGUUUCUUGGCGUACUGCAUUGCUCUGAAAAUUUUGUCAUACAUGUAGUUUGGCCUAUCUUGGCACAGAGUUCCGUGCAGGUUUCUUAUUUUUCUUGGAUGUCUUGUUGAUUUUUGUACAGUUACUUUGAACUCAUUUCUGAACCUGACAACCUGUGGUGGUCCUGCUGUGAUCUCUGGUUCCUACUAGUGUAUCUUUGCUUUCUUGGUUCUGUAAGAACUCGGCAAUCUUUUGCUGGAGUACGUCUCCUCGGUUCCUUCGAUCUCGUACUUCCUGGCAUUGCCGUUGGUUUACUAGACGUAUUUGCUGCAUUUCGAGGCGUAUUAUCUCUGAAUUUUUAUCGGUAUCCGGGACUAGAAUCCGCCGUAGCUUUCCCCUGUUCAAAGGAGAGACAGAGAUAGAUCCUCCAUCUUCUUUCGCGUGCUUCUUGUUCCUUCUACCACCAAAGCUGCCUCCAUCCGAGUCACUGCCCUUUUAGCUUUUCCUUUCCCCCGCCCUUUGAUCGGUUGGCUGGAUGUGAUGGCACUGUUUAUCUGAAUCCUGCAUCCUGAUCCCAUCGAAUAGAAGAGCUGGCAGCGCCGUCGCUGUUGAGCAAAAACAGGACCCAAAUCCCGAUGUGAAUCGGAGAACAUGAUUAGCCCCGCAUCCUUUUGCUGCUUUGUUUCCCUUGCUGUUUAUAUUCAGGUCGAUUCUUGUUAUGGCCUUUGAUCUUUGAUGUGAAAGCAUUCCAUUUACUGGUUGGUUCUUGUGUAAGCAAUGCUGCUCGUGGCGAGAAGAAGCCAUCGUCUUUACCGGCUGGUGUCUGAAUCCAGGACUGCGAUGCUGAGGGAAGACGCCGCUGAGCUGACCGUGACAGGAGGAGCUUCCGCCGCUGCCACCAAGAUCCGCAAGCGCUGCGCCGUGUCGCCGUCGGGCGCGUCGCCGGACCGCCAGAGGAGGACGCUGAGGCUGAAGCGAGGCGUGCGGCUGGUCGGCCACCGGAAGGGAGGCGGCGCCGGCACCGGCGCGUCGCCGUGCGCGAGCAGCGGGAGGGAGAGGAGGAUGUCGGAGUCGUCGUGGAACCGGCACGGCCGCCACGGCCACGCCGACGUCGAGACGCGGUCCGCGGCGUCGGCGCGGAAGCUCGUCAGCGCGCUCUGGCAGCUCAACAAGGGGGACGAGGGCGUGUUCGAGGAGGAGGAAGAGAUCGGGUGGGACGCGGCCGCCGCCCGCCGGUGCUCGGACCAACAGCGCAGCGCGUCUCUGGAGUUCUCCAAGAUUUCGAGGAGAAAGAGCAAGACUAUGAAGGAUGAUGAAGAACAGAGGAGCUGGCACAAUGGUCAUGCCCAUGGCCAGUGGUUCUCAGAUGUCAUGAGCAAUGGCGGUACAGUGGAGGUGCGCACAUGUCCUCAGGGCCGCACCCCGGCACGUCCGGGCGGCGACGGGGCGGCGCUGGCGCAGGACCUGUGCCACAGCCUCACGGCGUCCGCCGAGCUCGUCAGGGUCCUGGCCAACGUGCUGGGCCCCGCCGGCGCGCUCGGCCCCACCGCGGCGUCGCUCCUCGCCGCGCUGCGCUCCGAGCUCGACGCCGCGCGCGGGCGCGCGCGGCGGCUCGCGAGGCGGCACCACGGCGGCGGCGAGGAGGAGGAGCACCACCACCGCCUGCGGAGGCAGCUCGCGGAGGAGGUGCGCGCGUGGAAGGCCCGGCACAGGGAGAAGGCCGCGGCGGCCGCGCGGCUGGUCGCCUCGGAGCUGGACGGCGAGCGCCGCUCGCGGCGGCGCGCCGAGCGGGUGGGCAGGAAGCUGGCCGAGGCGCUGGCGGACGCCGAGGCGUCGCUGCGGGCGGCCACGCGGGAGCUGGAGCGCGAGAGGGCGGCCAGGGCGCGGCUGGAGAAGGUGUGCGACGAGCUUGCCAGGGACGUCGGCGGCGCGGUGGCGGAGGAGGAGGAGGAGGAGCUCAGGCGGGAUGCCGCGCGGGAGGAGCUGGAGAGGGAGCGGGAGAUGCUGCAGCUCGCCGACGAGCUGCGCGAGGAGCGGGUCCGGAUGAAGCUGGCCGAGGCGAGGAUCCAGUUCGAGGAGAAGAACGCCGCCGUCGACCGCCUGCGCCAAGAGCUCGAGGCCUUCUUGGGCACCAGCAGCAGCAAGGAGGACCGUCAAGAAUCGCCUUUCCACGGCGAAGGCCAGCAUACCGCCGAUGAUCACCGGUCGUUGCAGCUGGUCCUCGCGUCUGAAUUCGGCGUCGACGGCAUCGACCGCGUAGUCACAGACAAGACCACCGGACAAGGUGAGAAUGGCAACGAUGACGGUGAAGGCGAUGGUGGCUCGGAAGGCAGCGACAUCGAGCUCCACAUGGACGGCAACAGCUGGAGCUACAAGACCACCUCCAGGGCGACGACGGCCAAGAACGCGGCGUCAGUGCACGGCUCGCUUUCGGACAGAGGAACGGAAUGCGGCGCGAGAUCUCAGGGCACGGGAGAUGCGCUGGAGCUGCAGGAGUGGGACGACGUGCGCAGCGACGACGGGGCCAGCACCAAGGACCUGGACGAGGACGCGGAGAGGUACGAGGCCAUCAAGAACCUGCGGGAGCAGAUGCUGGCCGGCCACGGCUUCGUCUUCCUGUCGCAAGGCGGCGAGGCAGACGCCGACGGGGAUCGGCAUCGCCAGGGUUUGGUACCUCGGGUCGAAGAUGGGGGACUCUGGUGAGCCAGAUUGAUUGGCGUUGAACGGCUGGCUGUGAGACCAGCCCUGCUCCUUCAGAAUUUGUGCAUAGCUUUGAAUUUUGGGUUCCUUUUGCACAGUUUAUACUUUGUAGUAGCUCUCUCUCUCUCUCUCUCUCUCUCUCUCUCUCUCUCUCUCUCUCUCUCUCUCUCUGAGGUUUGGGUCAUCACUGUACUUCCAUAGGAGUAUUUGGUUUCAAUUUUCUUUUUAUGUUUUUUUGUCAGUGACAUUUUGCGUUUGGUAUCAGGAUCAGAAAAUCACCUAUGCUUGUACCUGUAUAUACGGAGUUACAGACUCGAGUGUUGUAGGCUUUUGUGAAGGAAAACAUGCCUGUUUAAAAAACGAACCAUUUGUUUU